AAACGUACACAUAAAAGACGUACAUGCACGGUCGCCAGAACGAUGAACGAACGGCGCUGUCGUGUUGGCACCGUACGCGUGAGAUUAAGUAGUGGUAUAGCGGCGCGUAGCGUUGCCGGCGCGUUGCGUCGCGACGACGACGUGGAUCGCCGUCGCCGUCGCCGUUUGUCGCGGGUAGCAGUGGUGGUGGUGCGACGUGGUGGGAUGCGGCAGCAGAUUCGUACGUGACUCGGUGCGGCAGGCAGGAUUCCAACCGGCGCUACUCUCGACUUUACGAACCAACAGAUCAGUCGAGUCGCGAACCUCGCGGAACGAGCUGCCGCGUGCGCGUGCCUCUAUCUCUUUUCAUCUUGUGUUUCUCCUCUCUUCCGUUCUCCUCCGAGUACCGGAGUAGGUACUCCGUCUGUCCCUCUCUCUUUCUUUCUCUCUCGCGCUUUCGCUCUCCGUCCCGUUCUGUCUCUCGCGGAUUCGCUUUUACGUUGUCAUUUGUUCCUCUCCUUGUCGCUCCUGUCCGUCUCGCGCUCCGUGAUUUCUCUCCUCUUCGUUCGCUCCUCGUCUCCCUACCCGCCGUGGGAUAGAGACCGUCUCUCCGUCUCCGUUCCGUCCGCGAGCGCCUCGCGUAUUCCCUUCUGCGUCUCACCUGCCGCCUAGCCCCGUCUCGGUCACGUACACCACUGACUUCAUGCUCGUCUUCCUCUCGCCCGCGGCCGCGAAGCACGUAUAUACGACGUACGGCGCGGCGGCUGGCAGGCCGCCGCCGUCGCCGACGAGGAACACCGAGCGGGUACGAGUCCGGUCGAGAGCAGCGCGGCACUCGCGGCAACUCGCGCGCUCACAGGACCCGCCGCCGCCGCGAAUAUCACCUGCCAAACGCAGUGGAUGCGCGCACUGAAUCGUUGAUCGCCCGCGUGAGAGACACUGCUAGACGACGUGACGUUCCACCCUCGGCGACGAUAACGAGGCUCGCGAUAUCGUUAUCGCGGCCGCAGAUUAACAAGGGGAAAUCCCGGCCGGCCUCGCGUCUUCCUUCUUCGGCCGCGCGUUCUUUCGCUCGAGCGCGCCGAUCGCAGGCCGCGACUCUCUCCGCUGAUGAUCCACACCGUUUCGCGUUAGGAUUGGCUUCUCUCUUCGAGCGCGCAUCUUCCAGGAAGCCAGGAAAGCCGAUCGAUCUUCAUCGCGUAAACGAUCCGCACAGUUGGCGGAGUGCGUCGCGUCGUAGCGACUUUUGCGCGUCACGCUGUGAUGCAAGUUUGUUUUAGCGAGUCAAUCAGGUUUGGCGUUCGCAGGCCGUCGAGUCGCAUCGUCGUCGUUCUCGGGAUCAUUCCCUGAAGAGGAUAAGCCGCGCUCGCACGCUAUCAUCGCACGUCGAGUGGGGGGUAUACAUUGUAAAUUACCGUUCUUGCCGGCAGCCGUACUUAGGCGCACCUGGGCACGGCGGAAGGUGCAAAUGGUCUCGAAUUGCUCGGGAAGAAGGAGAGGAUCGAGGGGGAAGUGCCGAGUGAAGUGCCGUGGCAGAGCGCGCGCAGUCGUCGCGCACACAGUGAUAUAGUCGUGUACAAAAUAUAUUUUUGUAAUACCUGGAGAAAAGAACUUUCGCUCGAGUCUCACGAUCUGCCGGGCGUGAGCCGGUCGUUCGAAGUGGCGGCGCCGAUUCGGGACAAGCUCGGCAAGUGCGUGGUGGACGACGACGACGACGAGGGAAUCGGUAGUAUGACCAAGAUCCGGUGCAGAAUCUGCGAGCUGCUCGGCGAGGAUCAAGGCCUGAAUCAUGGACUGAGCCACCCCUGCCACCUGACGAACCUGAAUCACCUCAGGCCGGGGCUGAACAGUCCGCUGCCUAAUAUGAACUACUUGAACCACGGUUUGCUCAAUGGCCUCUAUCUUCCGCAGCUCAAGGACAUGAUGCUCGCCGCCUACUUGCUCAGAGGGUAUUAUCAGCCGGCUGGUCCACUGAUACAGCACCCACCGCCACCACCACCAACCUUACCGCCCAUUAAGGGCCCACCUCCGGAACCGACACCCACGCCUCCCCAAAACUCAGAGGGUUCAGACGACCUGGUCGCCACUUCCACGACUUCGGGAGGCACAAGCAGUACGGGUGGAGGCUUUUAUAGGACAUAUUGCCCGCAGUACUACGGCACGCCCCCGCAGUAUCCGGAUCUGUGUUAUCCGCCGACGUAUUCUCAUCCUCACGCUCAUCCGCCGCAUUACUACAAAUACCCGCCCACUUACAGGAGGCAAUACUAUGGCUAUCAAGAGACCGGUGGAGGUGGCGGGCCGCCGCCGGGCAGCGGAGCCGCCGGAGGUGGCCCUGGAGUCGUUGAUUACCAACCACCUCCGCCACCGCCCGGCGAAUAUCCGCUACCACCCUAUUACGGGGGAUAUCCUCCGCCCCCCCAUCCGCCACCGCCACCUCCUCCGAAUCCGGCAUAUCUGCAUUCUCAGGGAAGACCUUUCGUAGACCCCUUUCAGGGUUGUCCAUGCCCGAUGCAAUCGUGUCCAAAAAACGUGGAUACUGGGGCCCUUAUUGGUAAUGGUAAGGGAGCGCCAGUGGUAUCGGGGCCCGGUCUGUCAUUGCCACCCAGUGCUUUGGUAGGUCCGCCCUCGCCGGCGAGGGGGCUAGCUGGGCUAGCUCCCCCUCACGGUGCCAAUGCCUGGGAUACGGAUCGCGUCCAAAUCAACACUCACCGCAACCUAAAUCAGAACCAAUCCCCCUCGGUCCCGUCGUCGCACAAUCUAGUCGGUGGGCACAGUCGCCUUCAGAACCAAGACUGUAGGAGUAAGGACGAGCAGAAUUGUACGGAGGAUACGUUGAGGAAAUGCGGUUGUCAGAACGCGUGCACGUCCACUUGCGAGGUCAAGAUGGAAACGCUAUCGCCCACUGAGAAACUGUCCGUCGCGGCGAGCUGUCCCAGCAGCAAGUAUCACAAUUUCAAGCUGGAGAACAACAACGUCAAAUGCGAGUCCUGCAGUAUGGAGAUCGACGGGCUGCCGUGCGUCGCCAAUUGCAACGUCGUCAAGUGCGAGUCGGAUUACAAGUGCGACAUCAUGAAGUGCGAGCAGUGCAUGAAGGAGGGACAGAUAGCGAUACUGGAGAUGGACAAGGAUUCCGGUAUCGUGCUGGACGACAAGCUCGACGGCGAUCCCGACGUGAAGGAGGAACUGGACGUGGUGGUGAUCGACAGUGACGAGAGCUGGAAAAAGCCCGAUUACGAGCCGACCGUGCAAGAAACUGUCGACGAUAAAGAGGAAGAGGAGGAGGAGGGGAGGAAAGUGGAGGAGGAAGUCGUGCAGGGACCGAUCGCGACCAAGGUCGAGGCUGGAGCUGAGAUCGAGGAACAGCCCAAGUGCCAAAAAGUGACCAAGAGGAAGCUCUCGCUCGACAGCUUAUCGGACAGCAGGAAGAAGAGGAAACUGAGCAAGAGGGCCCUGUCGGUGGGCUCGUCCCAGGAUGCGAAUAACGAGGAAUCGGUCAAUGUCAUCGCGCCGAUCGAGCCGCUAACUCCUAGUAAAGCCGAUAGCGUGAGAGCCGAGACGACGAUCGUCCCGAAGAAGAAGCAAGCGAAGAAGGACGCAGGGUCACGGGGUCAAAAGCGCAAGGCGGAGGCGCCGAAUGCGAACGAAAGCGCGACUAAGAAAGUGAAGAGCGUCAAGCAGAGCAUCGUGAAUUGCUUGAAACGGACCGCCAGCGAUAUCUCGAUAAUGGAGACUAUCGACGAUGUGAUACAGCAGAGUCUUCAGAUGACGCAGAAGAAAGACCGCAAGAGCAAGAACUGCGAGCGCGUGGAAAAGAAGAAGAAGAGCGUCAAAGAGGAAUCGUUACCGGCGGCGAAGAGGCCCGCGAAGAAGAUCGAUCAGGUGAAGGAGCAGGCUAUUGAGAAGGUGUCCAAAGCGAUUUCGAAGAACGGCCAAGCGAAAAGCAAAGCGGACGCGAAACCGAAACCGAAGGCCUCGCAGGACGGUAAAGUCAAGGUUGGUAAGGGAAAAAUUGGCAAAAUCGUGGAAACGAAGGCGCAGGAUGUAAAACCGAGGGCGCAGGACUCGAAAGCGCGGGACGGCUCGAAGAAGCGCGAUAACGUGUCGAAGACCAAAGCGAGUGACCUCAGCGAAGAUCCGAAAAAGUCGGCGGUAAUUAAGAAGAAGCGGAAGAGCGCGAAAAAGAUACCAAACGUCAAGAAGUCGGGCUGCAAAGUGGAGAAUUCCUCGCUUGGAAAUGAGAGCCUGACGUUAACGAGAAAAACGUUCCUGAAACCGAAGUGGAACAACGGAUGGAGCUGGGAAGGGGAGCCCUUUGAAGCCAAAGUUUAUCUAACGAAUGAAGAAACGGCCAUACGGCGAUGUUACGCGAGUAUGAGUCACGAGAGCGGCGACGUAUUGCGGCCUCGGGACUGCGUGUUGCUGAAGAGCGGUACGCGAAAGGGUGACUUGCCGUAUGUAGCGAAGAUAGCGGCGCUGUGGGAGAAUCCGGACGACGGUGAGAUGAUGUUCUCCUUGCUGUGGUACUAUAGACCUGAGCAUACGGAACAGGGUCGGACGCCACACGACAGCGAGGACGAGGUAUUUGCCUCGCGUCAUCGGGACGCAAACAGCGUCGCUUGCAUAGAGGACAAGUGUUACAUCCUGACGUUUAACGAAUACUGUCGGUAUCGUAAAAACUUACGGAGGAUCGAAGAGGGUUUAGAAAAUCCUGGCUUAAUAGUUCCGCCAGGGGACCAAGUGUAUCCAAGGGAGAAUCGGCAGCCUCCUAUACCAGUGCCAUCAGACAUGGUGCUUUUCUGCCGACGUGUUUACGACUAUCGCGGGAAGAAACUUGUGAAGAACCCCGGAUGACUCGAAUUCCUGUAAGAUGCAAACCGAGGAAGCUUAGGUCACACAUUGAAACUGGCCGCAGGUCUCCUUUCAAGCGUAAUCGCGUCGCUGUUGAUCGAUUUGUCUUGAUUUCGAAGGGUGACGAGAUUUGAUUGUUUUUUUUUUAAACGAAUUACCGAUUCCGCGAGCACACGCAGCCUCUACUUCUUCGUCACGUUGCGUUUUACCGGUUUGCUAGAAGAACAGCUUUUGCGUGGAGAAACAUUCGGUUCUAUCCAUAUAACUGUUAAAAGAAAGUGAAGAAAGUAGACGUGCUCGAAUCGUUUCAAGAACAAUCGGAUCUCCUUCUACCCUUAAACGUAGGAAGAUUCUUAGAACAUCGCGUUAAAGAAGAUUCGCAGAAAAAAAAAGAAUGGCACGUCAUGUAUAUCCUCGUAUAUAUUGUAAGACUUACAUUUAUCGCGCCGCUUAUAUUAAUCGGUCUUUCUAUUCUACUCGUCUGCGAUACCACAGAAAUCAUGAUGAAUCGUUCAUUAAUUCUGGUGAUAGGUGUUGCGUGGAAUUCAUGUCGGCGGAUCGGACGCCGGAAAGCGCGCGCCGAACGUUCGGGUCGAAACAUAUAGAUCAAUUACAAAUUCCGAACGAUAUUUUUCCAUGGAUGGCAUUAUCCGCAUGUUCCUCUCGCGGGCGAUCGCAAACUUUCGCCCCCUCCCCCCGUGCUCUCCAUUUUCCGCCGACACGAACGAAACCAAUACAAUCUCGAUAACGUGUAUAAGAUGUUUCUAGGCGAGUUAGUGGAAUUUGACAAUUUUAUAGAGAGAAUCAUAUUUUUUGUGAGAUAGCAUUUUACACAACACUUAAAUGGAUAUUUUUCACAUAGGAGAUAACAAAUGCACGACGUCGUAAUGUCGUGCGUCAUGGCGCCUUAACUUGAAGGGAACCUACGAACAGUUUCAAAGAUAAGGAAUCAAAAGCAGGGACGAAAUUGCGAUUAUUUAGCGAAAACACAGCGUUAUAUAUAUGUAUAAGUGUUCUCCGAUUAGGCCCGAGCGCCUGAUGCGAGGGGCGAACAUCAAGCGUGUGCGACAUUACACUUCCAUUGUCCCAUGGUGUGUUUGCAUCUGUCUCGGGGACGCGACUUCUCCCCGAAAUUCGAUCCGCGCACAUAUGUCAUCUUCGUCAAUGUAAUCAUUGUAAUGCAUUUUUACGAACAGUGCCGAAGAACAAAAAUCCAAGACUGAAAGUGGCUCGAUUCAUAUCGAAGAAUUUUUAAUUUACUGCUUUUAAA